UAUAGAGACAUAUUAGUUUAUUUAAAGUUAUGGGCUUGGUUGCUGCUGUCUUACAGCCGUUUUACCCUUAUGGAUUAUCAGGCCUCUCUGACCCCAAUCUGCCUGUAACUCCAUUCUUCCAAAUUGCAGCACCUCGCUGUAAUCUCUCAUCUGCACUUAAUCUGGGCACAUGGGGGGCAUAUAAGAGAGGCGCUCGCAUCCCGCGGAGCAGAUCUCACUCUCAGGGACAUCAGUCACUUUCUACUGAGAAGCUUCACUCUCUUGCUCGUCUGUCUACUUUCUUCUUUUUAACCCUUGACUGGUGAAGCAAACAUGAAUGGAACGGAAGGUCCGAACUUCUACGUGCCCAUGUCUAACAAGACGGGUUUGGUCCGCAGCCCGUUUGAGGAGCCGCAGUACUACCUAGCGGAGCCGUGGAAGUACUCGCUCCUGGCGGCGUACAUGCUGUUCCUCAUCAUCUCUUCGUUCCCCAUCAACUCCCUCACGCUCUACGUCACCGUGCAGCACAAGAAGCUCCGCACGCCUCUCAACUACAUCCUGCUCAAUCUGGCCGUGGCCGACCUGUUCAUGGUGGUGGGCGGCUUCACCGUCACUCUCUACACGGCCCUGCACGGCUACUUCGUCCUGGGGGUCACAGGGUGCAACAUCGAAGGCUUCUUCGCCACCCUGGGUGGUGAGAUCGCGCUGUGGUCUCUUGUGGUUUUGGCUAUCGAGCGUUAUAUUGUGGUGUGUAAGCCAAUGACAACGUUCCGUUUUGGAGAGAAGCACGCCAUCGUUGGAGUGGGUUUCACCUGGGUGAUGGCACUCACCUGCUGCGUGCCGCCGCUGCUGGGCUGGUCCAGGUAUAUUCCAGAGGGAAUGCAGUGCUCCUGUGGAAUAGAUUACUACACUCCCAAACCUGAGAUCAACAACACCUCGUUUGUCAUCUACAUGUUCAUCCUGCACUUCUCUAUCCCACUGCUCAUCAUCUUCUUCUGCUACAGUCGCCUACUCUGCACUGUCCGUGCGGCUGCUGCUCAGCAGCAAGAAUCAGAGACGACGCAGAGGGCCGAACGGGAAGUGACACGUAUGGUGGUUGUCAUGGUGAUUGCGUUCUUAGUGUGCUGGGUGCCAUAUGCCAGUGUGGCCUGGUACAUCUUUGCUAAUCAGGGGGCAGAGUUUGGUCCUGUAUUCAUGACGAUACCUGCUUUCUUUGCUAAGAGUGCAGCGCUUUACAACCCUGUCAUCUACAUCAUGCUCAACAGACAGUUCAGGAACUGCAUGCUCACUACGGUCUGCUGUGGAAAGAACCCGUUUGGUGAGGAUGAGACCAGCAUGAUGGCCUCUAGCAAGACUCAGUCCUCAGUGGUCUCGUCCAGUCAGGUGGCUCCGGCCUGACCGACACGACAGUCCGCGGCACACAGCUGGACAAAUCCACCCAGUAGCCUCCUACAGGCCAAACAUGCCACUCCAAAUCUACUGGGCUUCCACUCAUCCUGUCUACAGCUACAUGUACUACUUCACUUCCAGUACUUCUGCCUUUAAAUCUUACACAUUUGUAAAAACUGGACAAUCUGAUCUGUAUAACACUGCUGUAUGUUUGUACCCCAUGUGAUUGUGUAUUUCAUGGAAAAUACUUAAGUGUUAGGUAACUUGAUGGUUUUUUCUUUAGAUUUAUCUCAACAGCUGUUCCAUUAGUUCUGAUACUCCAGCUGUUAGACAAAUAUUUAGCUAUGACCAGUUAUGGUCUUGUAAAGUAAUGUUCUGAUUUGAACCAGUUAACCUUUUGUAGGCUUGUGUUUUGGGUUUAUUUCAUGUUUCUUUGUGAAGUUUGUGCUGGAGCCAGAAGAGACCUCAGGAGAUUCGCCAGACCACACCCAGCGCAACAAUUCUCUGAAUGUUUAGAUGUAAAUCUCAUCUGUGGAAGAAUUAUGAUUACAUAUGUAAAUGUCUAAAGACAUGAAUUUGCCUGCAGAUUACAAAAUAUAGAGGCAAAGCAGAAA